AUAUAGAGCAUGGCUAAUUGGGUGUAAGAAGCGAGCAAGCCAGGGUUUCCCACUGUUUCUGUUUGAAACCAUCUGUGUGUUUCUCUUUCUGUAAACUCAUCUUCACUCGCAAAACAACGAGAUGGCUCUUAUCUCUACUGAGAAUACAUGGGCAUUUGUCUUUGGUCUUCUAGGUAAUAUCAUCUCCUUUGUGUGCUUCCUGGCUCCAAUACCAACGUUUAUUAGGGUUUUUAAGAAGAAAUCGACAGAAGGGUUUCAAUCAGUGCCUUAUGUGGUGGCCCUAUUUAGCGCUAUGUGUUGGCUUUUCUACGGAUUACAGAAGUCUGGUCUAUUCCUUCUCAUCACCAUUAACUCUCUGGGUUGUGUCAUUGAGACCAUUUACAUCGCUAUCUUUGUUGCUUUUGCACCAAAGCAAGCAAGGUUGAUGACUUUGAGGCUACUUCUGCUGUUGAAUUUGGGGGGAUUUUGUGGGAUUAUUCUCUUGACCCAUUUCUUCGUUAAAGAAUCCAUCAGAGCUCAAGUUCUAGGAUGGAUUUGUACGGCAUUUGCAACGAGUGUUUUUGCAGCACCUUUAAGCAUCAUGAGAGUGGUGAUACGCACAAAAAGCGUGGAGUUCAUGCCCUUUACUUUAUCAUUUUUCCUCACCAUAAGCGCUGUCAUGUGGCUUCUUUAUGGUCUAUCAUUGAAGGACUACUGUAUUGCCGUACCAAAUGUACUUGGUUUAACCUUUGGAGUGAUCCAAAUGGUACUCUAUGCAAUGUAUAGAAAUCACAAGACCGUAGUGAAGGAAGUUGAUGAGAUUAAGGUGGUGGAGCACAGUAUUGAUAUUAUGAAACUAGACACCACCGUUCUUGUUGAGACACAACCAUCAGUCUCCUCCAACCCAAAUAAUGAUUCUGAUCGUCAUAGAGAGAUCAAAGAUCAUAUGAUUGAACAAACUUGCCGUCCUUACGAGAAGGGCUUGGAAUCCACCAAUCCAGUCAUGAUCGUUGCAACUUAAAUUACUCUUAUAUCAUAUACAUAAUGGAUUUGGACAUAAAGGCUUAAUCACGUGAUUCCUCCGUGUCUUGCACUUUACAGAUUAAUAUAUAUAAUAUUUUUGUUAUCUUUGAUCUUUCUAUCUAACUAGUUACUGUUUUGUAAAAUACAUGUAUCUAUUUUGAUGCUGUAUUUUUUUUUCUUUUAUAUUUUCUUUGUUUUCUUAUGUAAACUAGUUU